CUUCUUCCUAAGAAACGAAUCGCUUCGGUCUUCUGACCCGGGGAGAAAGUUGUUCCCACAGCGCGGCUCUGAAAUGCGUUUCCAAGAUAGAUGAGGUUGCCAAAAAAAUGAAACGAAAUGCUGCUUUUAUGCUUUUUAAAUACGGGCACAGCUGGGACGUGUUGCCAAGGCUCUGGCUCCUCGGGCUGCUUUGGAUAACAAGCGCAGGGUAGCGAAGUGUAAUUGAGACGUCUUAAACGUUUGGUCUCAGGUACCUUACUUUUUCUGCCCUUCAGUCUGAAGGGCGCGGAGGGGACCCUCGGAAGGCAGCUUUGCAGGGCUCCGCGCCCGCUGUGGCUGGCACCUGCAGACCACCGUCCCUGCCGCCCGCUUCUCUGCCUGAAGGCACGGCGGGGUGCCGGUGUCUGUGCCGUGCCUCCGGAGCUGCCUUCCCGCUGCUGCGUCCCUUUCCCUGCUCCUGGCUGGCAGCUGUCUCACCUAAAGCGGAGCAAGUCUCGGUGGCUUGAAAACAGCUUUCCUGCUCUUAUCUGCCUUCACAUCUAGGUCGGGAUGUUUUCCUGCCCGGUGUACUCCGCUUCUUGCGCUAGGAGUGUCCCUCGUUAACUCUGCAGCGCUCGGGCUGAGAUGAGUCCCUUUCCUCGGUGCUGCCUGUGCAUGGGCGCUGGGACUGGCGAUUCACCCCUCCAGCCCAACUUCCUCGGGGUUUGAGCCAGUUCUCCUCGAGGUUUGUUGGAAAUUUCCAAAUCAAGCUCCCACAUGUUGCCUGGGGGCAUGGCAGUUUGGUCUGUCUGUCUCUCUUUUUUUCUUUUAAAUACAUGGGAACUGGAGUUAGAAAUUAAUAACUGUUGAAUACAGCUUUGUUGCAGUGGAAGACGGUGGGUACAUAUUGCGUCCCAAGAUGAAUGAAGUUUUUCCAAGUUGAGAAUUACUUUAAAUUAACGCAACGGUUAAUUGCUCCGAGUGGUUAAUUUCUCUUCAGCACCUUGCACCUGCGUUUUCAUGCCUCUGUGCCUCUGUGAUGAUGAAGUUGGGAGGAGAGGAAUGAGCGCAGAGCUCUGUAAUAGCAGCUGGAUAUUAAUGCUAAUUUGAAUUUGAAACCCUCUAUCCUGCUCUGCUUUCUUUGUGGCUCUUCCCCUUUUUACCCUGCUAUUAAAAUGCUUUCCAUCGUUCCUAUGGCACAUCACGCAGCUUCCAUAUGAGGUAAAAAGAGAUGAGAAAAUCCGAGGCGAGAAAGAGGAGUCCUUUGUGUUUUUGAGGAGAAAAGGUGAAGCAGAUCAUUUUGUGUCAAUUUCCACUGGCUUCAGAGAAACUGCAGAGCUGAGGCCUUGCAGAUCAAGAGAGAAUUUGCCCCGAAGGCUUUUUCUCUACCUGGCUCUGUUUGUUCAUGAGCACCCUAAUGAUGGAUCUCUGGCAGAAAUAGCAAAGGUUUUUCGUCACCAUUAUCCGAUGUCAAAUUGAUCGGGACUGCCAUUAGCUCCUCGUGAGCGCCGCUCAGCAGACACGCAGCCAAACCGCUGCCAGACCUCUGCGCUGAUGCCAGGGCAUGACUUCAGCUCUUUCUGGCACGUUUUCCUGCGAUUGCUCUGUGCUCAGUAACUUUCCUUUUUCAGGUCUAUCUCAAUUUCCAUUGUGAGACAUCUUCUUGUUUUGGUUUGUUUUAUUUUUUGGUAAAUCCCCAAAUGUUUUUUCAGGUAACUUGAAUGUUUUCAUAACACGUUGGAAUUCAUUAGUCUGUAUUUGAAAUAUCAUCAUUUUUCUCUGGAAGGUAUAAGGGAAGUGCAGCGGACAGGUGCAGCUUGUCAGAGCUGUGCCUUUUACAGAAGUUGGAUUCUUACUUGAGAGUUUCCUGCCAGCAGCAGUGUCUUUGGCUGUGAAGAUGCUCCGCUGGCAGAGUAGCGCGUGAAGCAGCGUGACCCAUGCCCCAGGCAGCCCUGCAGUAGUAACGCUCUCUCCUUCUGGAGAGGGCUAACAUGCAUGUUAUGAAUUGUCUCUCUCUGGUCAAUGAUAAGGAGAAUGGGGCUCUCUCGGUAGCGGCAGGAUUGAUGAGCGAGGACCCACUGGCCGCCUCCCCACCACCCCCACCACCAUGCCCCCCAGCAGGGGCCCCCCCUGCUCCACCACUGCCCCCACCACCCCCCCCACUGCCAGGGCCCAGCCUGCCGCUGCACCCGCAGCUGACCAAUGGGCACGACGGCCACAGCAGGAAGAAACGGAUGCGGAGUUUCUUCUGGAAAACCAUCCCUGAGGAGCAGGUCCGGGGCAAAACCAAUAUCUGGACGAUUGCUGCGAGGCCACAGUACCAGAUCGAUACCAAGACGAUCGAGGAGCUCUUUGGGCAGCAGGAGGAAACCAAGCCGCCAGACCCCAGGAGCCGGUCGUUAAAAGCUUCAUUUAAAGAGACUAAAGAGGAGGUUUCCAUUUUGGAUGCAAAACGAAGUAUGAACAUUGGGAUAUUUCUCAAACAAUUCAAAAAGUCCGCUGAAUCCAUCAUUGAAGAUAUUUAUCAUGGAAGAAGUGAGCCCUAUGCUUCUGAAUUGCUGAAUGAAUUCCUUAAGUUAUUACCAGAAGCAGAGGAGGUAAAGAAAUUAAAAGCCUUUGAUGGAGAUGUAUCAAAACUGUCUCAAGCUGAUUCCUUCAUGUAUUUACUAAUCCAGGUGCCAAACUAUGCUCUUAGGAUUGAAGCCAUGGUGUUAGAGAGGGAGUUCUCACCCUCCUGUGCUUCUCUACAGGAUGACAUGAAAAUUAUAAGACAGGCAACAAAAGAGUUAAUGACUUGCGAGGAGCUGCAUUCCAUAUUGCACUUGGUCCUUCAGGCUGGGAAUAUUAUGAAUGCGGGAGGUUAUGCUGGCAAUGCUGUUGGAUUUAAGCUGUCAUCACUGCUCAAGCUGGCGGAUACAAAAGCCAACAAACCUGGGAUGAGUCUGCUGCAUUUUGUUGCGCUGGAAGCCCAAAAGAAAGAUGCUGCUCUUCUCAACUUUUCAGAGAAAAUAAGGGAUGUUCAUGAGGCCGCCAGGUUAUCCAUUGAUAAUGUAGAAGCAGAGCUCCACUCGCUCUCUUUCAAGACAAGAUCUGUUAAAGACAGCAUUCGACGAGACCCAAAACUCUUCUACCAGAUGGAGAGCUUUCUGCAGUUUGCUGUGAGACAUCUGAAGGAGCUUGAACACCAGAAAGGAGAAUUACAAAAGGAAGGAAAUGCUCUCAUUGACUUUUUCUGUGAGGACAAAGAAACUAUGAAGUUGGACGAAUGUUUCCAGAUAUUUAGAGACUUCUGCUUAAGAUUCAACAAGGCUGUUAAGGAAAACAGGGAACGAGAGAUCCAGGAACUUCAUCAUCUGCAAAGGCGAAAGGAGCUGGAGGAGAAACGUCGAUCCUGGGCUGCUGGAGAGCUUGGAAGCUUUGGACGGAGCAGCAGUGAAAAUGAUGUGGAAAUGUUGGCCAAAAAAGGACUCGGAGAGUUUCUUCCCUUCUUGCAGCAGAGACCUCAAAGCCCUUCAUACAGAAACCCCAAUUCCAAACGCUCUCGACUUUCUCUGGGGAUUACUGCAGACAGGGAGCUGCAGAGUUUCCUGGAAAUUUCAAAAGAAGAGGAUCCCAACAAAUUUAACAGCCUUCCCCGUGCAAACACCCGACAAGUAAGACCCAAUGUAGCCUGGAAUGAAUCCAAAGAAACUAGAGAUCCCAAUUUAAACACCUUGCACUUAUACCAACAGUCUGAAACCAAAGGGAAAAGUAGUGAUGUGCUGCAGUUGCAUCCAGCACAGUCCAGUCACUUUGGUGGCUCAACCAAUACUGGUACCCAUUAUCCACAGCGAAGCACCAACUACAACAUGCACGCUUCCAAUGCCUCCUGUGAGGAGUCCUCUGAUAUAAAUGCUCUGGCCCUUGCAAUCGAGGAGCACGAACUUGUUAAAGGAUUACGGAAGUUUGAUAUUCAAGGAGCAAAGCCAGCAGAUGAUACACCUCUAAUAUAUUUAGAGGAUGUUGGUGGAACAGAUGUGGAGACUCUAGAUGAUCUAAGUUUGCAUUCCCUUAGCACUGCCGAUGACGAUCUGCCUCCAGCUUGCAGAAGCUCCAGAGAGGCCCACAACCAUAAAGCCAAGGCAGUGGGUUGCAAGAGUGAAACUUCAGAGCCCAGCAGCAGCAGCCCUGUGUCGAUGGACACAAGUGUAUCAGGAAGUAGGGAAGAUGGGCCAGUGUUCUAUGUGUCAGAUACUACCACUGACUGUUCGUUGACACUGGACUCUGAAGAGGGGAAUGAUUUUAAAUCAGCAGGCAAUGAUGUAAGAAGUGAGGCUGGCAAAGCACACUCUUCUGCAAAUGGUGCUCAGGACAGGCCAAGAAUGCUCUUCUCAAACCUAAAUUCAGUUUCUGCCAAGGAUCUGUCUCUUCACACUUUGACAAAUGAUAAAGAUGAUGCCAACAGCAAACGCACACUUUCUAAAGAAAAAUCUGUAAAAAGUAAAGACCCUGUAGGACCAAAGAGAAACUCUCUAAAAGACAGAUCUCCAAGUUCCUCAAAAUCCAGUGGCACUCGCACUAGCCACACAGCUUCUUCCAGACCUGUUAGAACUUUGAAUGCCUCUGAGAAUGAAAGUAUGAGGAAAGUGGUGCCUAUUUCUCGGUCAAACAAAGCACCAAGCAGUGUGAAAAAGCCAGAAGCCAAGCCAGCACUUCGUGAAACUAGUACAGUGGAAAGCCGUCUGUCUCGUCGCAGCUCUGUCCGAGGCACUACAGACACACUGCCAAGAAGUCCUUACAGGCAUAGCAUGUCAGUAGAAGAGCCAAGGUUGCAAAGGGGGACUGUCACCUCAAGCAGUGCUCAUUUUGAGAGGGACAGAGUUGCUCUCAAGAAGCCAGGCUCUAAACCUGUUAGGAAUAUUGCAAAAUCAAAGACAGAUGAGACAAAGAUGUGUCGCUCCAGUGUAAAACCCCAGGCCCCUGUAGAUGACACCAAGAUUAGCCCUGUCAGUGCUCCCAAAACACCAUCCAGUGUCCCCAGCUUUGCAAGGAAUACAGUGGCCUCUUCUUCAAAGCGUGCAAAAGUGGAUCUAUCCACCUCAUCCAAACCUCCAAGCAUCACCAGGUCUGUGUCCCAGAGGCUGCCUAAAGUGAAGCCAGCAGCAACCUCUGACGAUCUGAGUCCAAAGGAGAACGGAGGGAGUACUUUAAAGAGAGCAAAUAGUGCCAGAGUGUUUGGAAAAAGCAUCCUUCAGGGAGACACUGUCAGCACAAAAGCAGAGCCUUCACCAAAGGAGCAGGGGGCAGUGGACAAGUCCUCUCUUAAACUGAAAGAUGCCAACCGGACCACAAUAGGUAAAAUACUAAAGCCAUUACUGAAGUAAGGAAAGGUUUUUUGAAUCUUGGAAUGUCUCUUGCACUGGGUGUCUCUGUUGUGGAAUUCCUUAAAACAGUAACAUUGCUGAUAAGUGGCAUCACGUGCUCUGUAAUGUACCGCACACCACUGGAAAAGGGCAACUGGUUGUGUUCUGGUCUGAAUCCUUUGUUAAGAAUUUGAAUGUAUUUGAAGCCACUGCGAUGGGAUAAGAGUGUAACAGCAAGUCUUUGAGCAUUUGUGAUAUGGAAGGCCACCAAGAGCCAAAAAGUUGAAAGAAGUUAAGGCGACGGAAAACGUGGAUAAAGGCCAGUUUUUGUGUACAUGAAAUUCUUCCUGAGACUCGAGCAUUUGUGCUGGGUGGUUUCUUAUUCAAUGUCAGAGAGAAUCCUGUGGAACAGUACUGAAAAUGAACAUAGGUGAUUGUGCUUUACAUUGUUUCUAUUGCCUUGGAUUCAGGAACUCUUUUUUGCCUGUUGCGAAGUCCAUUGCUGGCAAUUGGACAGACUGGGAACUGCUGGCCAAAAAAUAGUAAAACGGGAUAUUUGCUGUUUGUGGCUGUCUUUAACCUAACUGAAGAAUUUUUAGCAUGUUUUAUGAAUGUGUACGUGUGUCUGGAGAAAACAUUCUGCUGGCCAGGAGGCUUCUUCUCCAGGAAUGUGGCAGCAUUGUCUUGCAUGCACAAGUAGAUAGGGCUGGUGCUGCACGGCCGGAGGCCAUGCCCAUUGGAAGGGCCACCAGUAACCACUGGGAUGAUGACUACUCCUCAUCUGACUUGUUCCAGUCACAAGCAAACUUGCCAGCUUUUGGUCAUACAGAAGUGCCAUAUAUUUAUGAUACAUAUCAAGGAUGUUUGCAGUUCAGCUCUUGAAGGCUGCAUUGUAGUGCUGAGCACUUUCUUACUAUUCCUUGUUUCCACUGGUUUAUGUACUACCAAAUUACUUGAAUGUUGCAAUGGCUCUGAUUGAGCCAUCGGUUUCCCUGCCUCCUCCUCGUCAACAUGAAUAUUUAGCAUGAAACUCAGCUUUCGCAUGACAAUGUUUUUGUAGACUUCCUUCGUUGCUUCAAAUGUGGUUUUUAAUGUUUAAAUAUUCCAAAGGAUGACUUAAACUAGUAUUUGAUAAGCUUUUUACAAAUAAAAAGACCUCCUUUUUCCUGCGGAUACAAAUUUUCAUGUCUUGCUAGUCUAAGGUUUGGAGAAUGAGGGAAAACUUGUUCAGCGUGCUAUGCAUCUUCCUAAGGGAAAUGUUUGUAGGUGGGGAAACUGAUUGCUGUUCUCCUAAGCAUCCUAUUUAAAGAGUUGCCUUUCCACUCACCUACAAAUGAAGCCUCGUUUAAUGAUAAAAACAAGAAUAAAAUGAAAAGGAAAUCUCUUCAGACGAGUGGCAUUGACUUAGGGUAGAUCUGCUUGUCCGCUCUAUCCCUCAGUGCUGGAAAUGUGUAGCUCAAUGAGAACGAGCCGUUUAAUUGCUCACGUGCGUCUCAAGGGCUAGUAUCAGGGACAGCUACCUUUGUCUUUUGAAGUUGGCAAGGGGCCCUUAGUGCUUCCUGAUGUCUUACUGCAGACAUCGUACCCAAACAUCGCAAAGUAUUACACAGGGCCUCUUGUUUGAGUCUGUCUCACAGGGAGAAUUUAUUUAGCCCACUUUUUGGCAAGGGUGAAUUUUUGCUCAAAACCCUGUAUAAGCUUUUUGAAUGCUGCCUCCCUUAUGGGUUACAUGAAAGAAAAGCAUCUCCCUUCUCCUUAUUUGUAUCUGUGUGUUAUGUAUGCGCAUCUGCGAGAGCAGAUGAUUGACUCUUCUCCUUUAUUAAGAAAAAAAAAAGCAACCAAACUUUUAUUGGUAGCAAGCUUGAAAAAUAAUUUAAAUGUGUUUUGGUAUAUGUAAAUUUCUAUAAAUCUGUGUAAAAGAAAACUGAAUGUAUUUAAUGGAACAUUUAUACAUUUCGGAGUAACUCGGUAGUUUAAUAAAGUUCCCAUUUACUGGGUAUGGGCUUUA